AAGAAAUAAAGCUUCUAAGUAGUACUAGUACGUGAGCUUCUCUAUCACUAGUGGAUGUGUGCGUGUGUUCACUGAUUCAACUACAUAUAUGUGCAGCAGCUGCAUCUUCUCUCUUUGCUGCUCUCCAAUUCUCUUCGCUUGAUCCUUUGAAGCUAGAUACCUAACAGUAACUACACUGCACAGGGCAGCCAUGGCGCCGGCCUCCAAGGCUGCUCCGCUACUGAUGACCCACUCCGCCCACCCAGGGCACGUACUCAAGCUUUUUGCCGGCAGCUCUCCGUUCCAGUGCGAUGGCUGCAGGCAGUACAGCGACGACGAGCGCUGGUACCGGUGCGAGCCAUGCGACUACGACCUUCAUGUAUGCUGCGCGCUCCUCAGGACCUACCUCACGCAUCCUCUCUUUCCGGGCCGCAUUUUCACCUUCCUCCACAGGCCUCCCAGCGCCCCGGGUUACAGCUGCAGAUUCUGCGACGGCUGCGGAGACUUGGUGCUCGGCUUCGUGUACCACAACGCCGAGCGCCAGCUCGACCUCCACCCGCAGUGUGCCUCCCUUCCCACGGUCCUCGCCGGGGAGGAACGCGUGCCAAUCCUCUCGGAGGAGGCGCCUGUCCGCGGUAACUGCGGGCUGUGCGGGCAGGGGAAGAACGGGCGCCGUGGCAGGUUCUGGUGCUACCGCUUCAACUACGCCGACGGGGAGCCUGCGUACGUGCAUGUGGCGUGCUUAAUGGAACUCCGGGAUCAGGGGACGCUGCAGAGCGCGCCCAGCAGGAGGUCUGGCAGGUUCUUGCGUUUCUGCAAGAUUGCCUUGACCGUCGCCAGGGUGGCACACGCGGUCACCACUAUGGACCCGGUAGGGUUUGUCACCGCAGUUGCCGGCCACCCAUGAACGUCUCGGCUACAAAAUCACUUGAAGCUACCACGUACUUUGUCUCGCCGUUUGGUAUGUGUGUUGUUUAUUCCUGGUGGUGCUUGUAUAUCUCCCGAGUGUUUACUUUCCUUUCUCUAUUGUCUAUGCGCCGUCUAUCUGCCUGGUUUAGAGGGGAUCAUCUCUUGUUGGUGUAUAUGGAAUAAAACAUAUGUCUGUGCAUGUGAGGUGCUGAUGUGAUGUGAGAGACCGCAGAACAAUGGAGCUGCAUGCAUGC